CCGCACAGCCCACGCCGCGGGCGAGCGAGACCUCGACCCGCCACCAUGACUUCCAGUAAGAUCGAGAUGCCUGGCGAGGUGAAGGCCGACCCUGCCGCCCUCAUGGCGUCCCUGCACCUCUUGCCGUCGCCCACGCCCAACCUCGAAAUCAAGUACACCAAGAUUUUUAUUAACAACGAGUGGCAGAACUCAGAAAGCGGGAGAGUGUUCCCUGUCUAUAAUCCAGCCACAGGAGAACAGGUGUGUGAAGUUCAAGAAGCAGACAAGGCAGAUAUAGACAAAGCAGUGCAGGCAGCCCGCCUGGCUUUCUCUCUUGGUUCAGUGUGGAGAAGGAUGGACGCUUCAGAAAGAGGCCGUCUGCUGGAUAAGCUUGCAGACUUGGUGGAACGAGACAGGGCAGUUCUUGCAACCAUGGAAUCGUUAAAUGGUGGCAAACCGUUCCUGCAAGCUUUUUACGUGGAUUUGCAGGGGGUCAUCAAAACGCUUCGGUACUACGCAGGCUGGGCUGAUAAAAUUCACGGGAUGACCAUUCCUGUAGAUGGAGAUUAUUUUACCUUUACAAGACAUGAACCCAUAGGAGUGUGUGGACAGAUCAUCCCGUGGAACUUCCCCCUGCUGAUGUUUGCUUGGAAAAUUGCUCCAGCUCUUUGCUGUGGCAAUACAGUAGUUAUUAAACCAGCAGAACAAACACCACUCAGUGCACUCUACAUGGGAGCCCUCAUCAAGGAGGCUGGCUUUCCUCCAGGAGUCAUCAAUAUUUUGCCAGGAUAUGGGCCAACGGCUGGAGCGGCGAUAGCUUCUCACAUUGGCAUAGACAAGAUUGCAUUCACAGGGUCAACUGAGGUUGGAAAGCUUAUCCAAGAAGCAGCUGGAAGAAGUAACUUGAAGCGAGUAACGCUGGAACUUGGAGGAAAAAGCCCCAAUAUUAUUUUUGCUGAUGCUGAUUUGGACUAUGCUGUGGAGCAGGCUCACCAGGGGGUGUUCUUCAACCAAGGCCAGUGCUGCACCGCGGGGUCUCGCAUCUUUGUGGAGGAGUCCAUCUAUGAGGAGUUUGUGAGAAGAAGUGUGGAGCGGGCCAAGAGGCGCAUAGUGGGGAGUCCCUUUGAUCCCACCACUGAGCAGGGACCCCAGAUUGAUAAGAAACAGUACAACAAGAUCCUGGAACUCAUCCAGAGUGGUGUGGCUGAGGGUGCCAAGCUGGAGUGUGGAGGCAAAGGGCUGGGCCGAAAGGGAUUCUUCAUUGAGCCCACGGUGUUCUCCAAUGUGACCGAUGACAUGCGGAUUGCCAAGGAAGAGAUCUUUGGCCCUGUUCAGGAGAUUCUGAGGUUUAAGACUAUGGAUGAAGUUAUUGAAAGAGCCAAUAACUCAGAUUUUGGACUUGUGGCAGCUGUCUUCACUAAUGACAUCAACAAGGCCCUCAUGGUGUCUUCCGCAAUGCAGGCAGGGACUGUUUGGAUCAAUUGUUACAAUGCCUUAAAUGCCCAGAGCCCCUUUGGGGGAUUCAAGAUGUCUGGAAAUGGGAGAGAAAUGGGGGAGUUCGGCUUGCGGGAGUACUCCGAGGUGAAGACGGUGACAGUAAAGAUCCCUCAGAAGAACUCUUAAGAAGGCCAAGGGGGAAGGUGGAGGCCAGCCCGCAGGACUUUCCCUCUCCACUCUCCCUGGGGGGCCCGGCUCUCAGGAAUCCAAAGCUCAUACUCAGUCCUUAUUUAAAGUGAAGUAAUGACAAGUAGGCCCAGCCAGUCAGUGCAUAACGAAAGCAGAGCAUGUGGGCACCGUUUCCUGGCACUCUUAUGUAAGGGCUCACCUGAAUGAUACCAAAUACUGGGGAAAGGGCGAGAGGAGGAGUAGCUGUCAGGGACAUCCCAGAGAGAUGGGCUGAAGCCUUUGGUCACAGAGAACUUUCCUCCUGAGGGAAGGUCAUCCUUAUAUUGUCUUCAUUUUCCCCCUUCCAGGCGCUCUCAGCUCACCCAGCCCUCCCACCCCUCCAAGGCGAUCUCAGCUGAGCUCAUUUGGGGCAGAUGUUUGGGCCAGGAACAAUUUUCCAAGGUUCUGCAGCCAAAUUACCAUUUCAUGUUAUCCACUUCUUCAAAGCAAAACAUGAAAUGGUUUUAGUUAGAGCCAGACCCAACUGAAAAUGCCACGAGCUGGUACACUGCAGAUGUAUCGAGAAGAACUGGGGACGUCCCUGACCCAGCUUGGCUUCUUACAUCCAUAAAUCACAUGAGCGAAAGAUCAGGAAGAUAGAGAUGGGAGGUCAUCCUAUGUAGUUCACAGCUUCUGAGCUGGCUGCUUGGCUUUAAGGCGUGUGGGUGCGUGUGUGUGUUUACCUCCUCCUGGGUGAUUCUGGAAUAAGGCAGGGGGUGGGUUGUUUUUCUUAGAUUGGUAAGAUCUUUUUCCAAGGCUUAUCUUAAUAAUCGACUCAGAAACGAAUUGCAUAGGCUCAAGAAUUUGGUAAAAGGUAAUGCUGGGGCCUUGCAGAAAUAAUUUUAUUUUCAGUACUGGCUGACAAUUCUUAUUUAAGUGAACUAUCUCUGCAGUUAGAGUCUUCAGCUUCUGUCUCCCGGCCCCCACUGCCCCAGCACUGCUACUCCCAGUGCUCUGGCUGUUACUCUGGCCUGCUGUGCCCUAAAUCCACUGGCAGUAACCUUGGAAAACCUGACCAAGCCUGCAGGUUUCGUGUUUGCUCACAGACUGGCAGAGUGCCACUAUUGCCAUGCUCCACCAGACCUCCCCGGACACGCGCAGCAGCUCGUCCAUGUCCACUCAGUGAUGCCCCCCUCCACCUCCCCAGGAGCUUCCGGACGGCGAGGCAUGAAGCGGUGGCCCUCCCUCCCCUCCAGUCACACGCUCCUCUCCUGCUUUCCAGUGCAUCUACUCGGUUGAUGGGCAGCGUCACCUUUCUUUCCUCCUUCCCCUUUUCCGGCUGCUGAAACCAGUCUGGUCUGUAAACUGGAUGGAGAUCAUUUAUUUAAAAGUACCAAACCUAACCUAGAGUACAUGGAAUAUGGACAACACAUAUAUAGCCUUCUGUAUUUAAUGGGUUUCUGCUUUCUAACCAUACCGGUUUUCUAUUUAUAAGUCUUGUCUAUUCACGAUGUUUAAAAGAAAUCCCUCUUUGCUGUUAUUUACGAACGGCAGUGCAUUCAGUGGCCCGAUGCCUUCAGAGAUGCCGCAUCUCUGAGCUCUUCCAUGUGACUGUCGUGCUCUCCUUAUAGCUUGUGUCCAAGUGAACAUACCCAUUAACCAGCUAGUUACCUUUCAACUGCAGUAUAGAAUGUGAAAAUGAAGAUUUAUUUCUUUUAAUUUACUUUAAAAGAAACCUCUGUGCUAGCAAUAAAGCAUUUAUAUUGUGUA